CUCGAAAUCUCCGAGUGGACCGACGACGCGUGAGUACACUAGGUGUGCCUCGACUGCGAUCUCUGCGAUAAGACAGCUUUCAUUUUGCAGAGACCCUAUGAUUGACCUUGGCUAUCCCCUCUUGGAAAAAUAGCGCUUACGCGGGAGGAUUCAAAACGCUGCAAAUACGCGCUACCGCCGGGUUAUCUCGAUAAAAUGGAUUGGCCAAGAUUUUCAGGUUCUGCAUUUUCCACAACGGCGACAAUUGACCAGACGUCUAGACUCUUAUGUUUAAAGUUCGUCAGCCUUGCUGCCCGUUGGGAAAUUAGACAAAUCCGCGAAACCUCCGCCUUGAGCCUGUUAUCUUCAUAGGUUCUUCUGAGAACGACCGGAAGGGUGCUCUCGUCUUCGCACUGCUUGUGCCUGCGGGAACUCUAUAAUGUCUAAAAUGGUUCAAUUCGAUGAUGCACCCGGGCCACCAUUCGUUUGUACGGAAGCAGAACUCCAAGUUUUCUCUCCUGUUUUACAUGUUUUUGAAAGUUAUGU